UGGAAAUGCUGAUAGUGUCAAAUCAAAGAACCCUGUUACGCUUACUGGACAAUUCUGAGGAUGCUGUUCUAAUUAUCCAUCCGUACUGUGCCCAUAAGUGCGUUCGAGUUACAGAGUUAUUGUAGUCCAUGGCGUAUAGCAUGCGUUGGUUUUGUGCUAACUAGGCCGGUUGCAAGUAAGACUUUGCUUCACAUUCUUUGUUUUGUUCUAUGCAGGAGGCAUCUUACUCUUAAUCAGCAUCACAUCAUGCCAGUCACGAAGGUGCAUGUCAUUCGAUGGCCAACGUGGCUCACCAGAUAGUUCCUACGACGGGGUAGAUUUUGCUAGUGAUACGACUCUUCCUCGUGCGUACAGGAGUGUAGGGUUUGUCAAUGAAGACGUGUCGACUUUUAGGUUUUAUAGUACAUGCAAUAUGAGACUGAGGAAAUUGUCGUUCCGAAUGGGUCCCAACACAGAAUGUUUAGUAUCUACUAUCAUAAGAAGGGAUGGACUGCGGGUAGCCACCGCAUUGUCUACCUUCCACCAUUGCUUGCGGAGCACGUUCUGCGACAAAGUCAUAGAUUUUGGAAAGCUAGAAACGCACCAGGUUGACAUGAGAGUUCCACCCGUGCUGGAGGUGACGGGCAGAACGAAAGAUCUGCAUCCGGACUACAAUUGCACUGUUCUCACAUCUGGCUCCGGCAAAACACUUUGGACACUAAAUUUGCGCUUUUGGGAAGAUACGCAACCUCCGAUUUUCACCACGGCAACUGCACCGCACACUAAACCGUCGUACGCAAUGACGUCCAUUCCGAAUCAAGAGACUCAGACCCAGAUCGCAAAGAGAUAUUACAGUUCAUCCCAUUCACCGAUGACGACCACCUCGCCAUGGUUGCCGACAUCAUUCCGAGUUACCUCUCCCCUGCAUUACAAAUCCACAGCCAAGCCAUUCGAAUCAGUUUCGUUGACUGCGUACACGGCCUCGCAAUUGAAAAGAACAAAUGCGGACCUGGCAUCACUCACACCAACUACAAGCAAGGACAGGCGUAGAACGCUCCAAGUUUCAGAGUCGCCAUUGUGGGGAACAAUAGUUCCUAGAUCAAGUUUUACAGUGCAGCAAGGGACUCGAGACUCAAAGUCUACGUCGUCCACACGUGACGCCGCAGUAAUAGCUGGCGUGGCUGCAGGAGUUCUGAUGCUGAUCAUUGCACUGGUUAUUAUCGCGUACCGAUAUCGUGGUUUAAUUGCCAAGUUAACUGGCAGAAUAGACAAAAAUGAUCAUCCGGUAAAUGCGGGAGGUUCGACUACCCAGUGUGAUCCCGAGAUCACACGCCCUACAGUCAAUGUUCCGAUGUACCAAAGCGUUGCUUAUGUGCCUUCUACCAGUAGUUCGUCAGGUUUGACAACCAACGAAGCAUAUGAUUCAGCUAACCAGGACAGAAGCGAGCACCUAUAUACUUACAUUCACUGAUAGAUGUACAGUACAUUCCGUAGCACCUAGCCAGUAUAAAGGGGAUAGUAUUUUCGGAUAGAACUUGAGCAGUCCAGUGAUUUUAUUUGUUAAUUAACACAACCACCUCAUGUAUCUGUAUGAAAUCGUUCUAUUUGUUGAAGCUCUUGGUGAAAUUAGCUUCUUGUGUUAUUACAUUAAUAUAGUGUUUAUAAUUUUAGAUUAAAAUUACCUGGCCCGUUAGAAGCUCACUCUGAAUCAUGCAGUACGAAAGCUGUGGCAUUGAUAGUGUAAGUCUUCUAAAGAUCUUUCACCGACCUGUUCGGCCAAUAAAACCAAGCUGAUGGCGCAGAAACAGCCAGAAUCGUUUAGAUAAUCGUGAAAGCCUACAGAAGGUCAAGUAUAUUCUAUCUAGGUUGAUAUUUUGUAAAUCU